CUGUGCUGAUGUAUCCUGUAUAAUUUCAUAUUUCUUAUGAUUGUUGAGAACACAUUCCAUACAGUCACGUGUUUUAUGCAUUCAACAUGUACAAAUGUUUCCUCAUAAUCAGAUGAGCUCAGAUCCUCAUCUGUGAUCUGAUCUGAAAUAUUUCCUUUUAAGACUCCAGAUUCUGCGUGUGAGCGUCUCGCUCGUCUCUCGGAGCUGAUCUGAAAGCCACUGGGUUCUGAUUCGGUCACUGUCGUGGUUUUACACGCCGCUGGUCACUUCAGAGGCUCUAGGAUUUGUUUUAGCGUGACCUUUGAACCCAGCAACCAAAACCCAGUUAUGUUCCCAGCUGCUGCGGAGCUCAGAUUAAAUGAUGUGACGAUCUGGCGUUCGGUCAAGGCCUCAUAAACACACAUUUCAGUGUUAAAUUAAAAGGCCCUCGGUGGACAAAAGCCUCCCUGGACACUGAUGGACAAGGUUGAGAAGAAUGAAGAGGCCGAUCAGGAGAUCAAGCAGGAUGGAACCAAACCCGAGGAGAACGCCCACAAGGCCGCCACCAAGAUCCAGGCCAGCUUCCGCGGACACAUCACCCGGAAAAAGAUGAAGGACGGAGAGAAAGACGAGGAGAACGACGCCGCUCCGGAUGAGUCCGCCGAGGCUGAGGAGGAGGAGAAGAAGGAGCGAGUCUCUCCGUCCGAGGAGAAACCGGCCGAGGUUUCCACGGAAACAGAAGAAGAGAGCAAACCGGCUGAGCAGCCCAACUCGCCCGCAGCUGAAGCCCCACCCACAGCAGCUGCUGACUCCGCCCCCUCGGACACGCCCGCUAAAGAGGAGGCGCAGGAGCAGGAGGCGGAGAAGCCAAAAGAGGCGGAGAACACGGUGGCCGAGAACCCCGCCCACGAUGUAAACGCACAGAAGGAGGAGAAGAAAGAGGAGGAGAAGGAGGAAUCCAAACAAGCCGAUGUGCCUGACGCCGCCGAGAGCCAGGAGACAGACCAAAUAGACAAAAAAGAAACCGUCGAAGACUCCAAACCAGCAGAGGAGGCCGUUUCAGACGAGAACGUUUAACAGACGACCAGUGAAAUGUAAAAUCCUAAGUAACCGACAGACUGCUCUUGAUGAUGAAGACGGUCUGUUUUUAUGUUUGUCCUCUCUUUUCUGGUGUGGAAAUGAUUUUCUGACAUGUGGAGGGAGUUUUCCAGUGCGGAUCGAUCGCAGACGGACACAAGCCUCCAUCUGUCCGGCUCCGUCCGGAGAAUCCUUCCUCCAGAGACCAGAACCUUCUCACACGCACCCAACUAAUACAUGUGGCUUCUUUUAAUGUCCUUGGUGUUGUUAUGAGCGUUUAAUUGGAGAUAUUGCUGCACUGAUGUUAAAAACCGAGAAAAACCAACAAAAAGAAAACGCGCCAGCCUUUCUGUUCAAGUGAGUUUGAAUCUAAGGAGUAAAAUCGUGGAAAAUGGUUUCAUGUCUGUUUUCAAAAUAAAGAAAUGUGCCAAUUA